AUGAUGGGCAAGUUAAAUGUCAUGUUGUUUAUAUCAAUGAACAUACUUUGCACCGUUGAAGAUUCUUCUAUAUUUGCUUGGGUCGAUGAUUCGAUGUCAAUAAUUGACGAUGCAAGAAUGCAAAAAAUGAAUGGCUUACGUCAGACAAUCAAUUCAAAAUAUUACCAAAAACUUUUAAAUUUGAUGUGUAUGCAACAUUCGUCAUUUUCAAUGUAUUUGUUAGCAUCUACAAUCUAA